AUGGCAUCAGACACGAACGCAGCAGCCUCAACCUCCGCUGCGGCGACGACCAGCACAGAAGGCGGUGCACGCAAGCGCAUCCGAAAGAACCGUUCUCAGAAGAGAAAGUCCCGCAAAUCCAACCCGACCGCCGACGAUGAUUCCGACGACGACGAUGCCGUUUCAGCACCAGCCCCGCUGCCCUCGACAAGCAUCUCCAGCGCCGCACCACCAGCGCCUGUCCUAGCUAUCAAGCCGGUUGCCAAGCCCUCCGCACCAGCACCCAAACCCACCCCGCCCUCAGGACUAGCCAAAGUAAACCCGCACAAGCCGUCCUUCAUCACCCGCCCCACCGCCGCGCCAGGCCGCACGUUCACCGUCUCGGUCGCCAUCCCCGGCUCGAUCGUGCUCAACGCCCAGUCGCCGGAGCUGCAGAGUCGGCUGGCCGCACACAUCGCCCGCGCAUGUGCGAUCUUCAACGUCGACGAGAUCGUCGUGUUCGACGAGGGCGAGGUGCGUACUGAGGGCGGGAGCGAUUUGUACCAGCACAAGCACAAUCAGCAGAAUCGGGGUACGAAGCGGCGCUUCCCGCAGCAGGAACAGCAGGUUGAGGAAGGGGACGAGGCGGCGGCGAACGGACAACAAGAGGCCGGGGCAGAAGGAGGAAAGGGUUUUGAUCCACACACGUUCCUAGCUAGGGUACUGCAGUAUCUGGAAACACCGCAGUAUUUGAGGAAGGCACUGUUCCCAAUGCAUCGCGACCUGAGGUUAGCCGGUCUGAUGCCGCCACUGGACUGCCCGCAUCAUCUGCGGUUCGAGGACGAGAGCGCCUAUCGCGAAGGCGUCACGGUCGACCAACCGCACUGGGCCCAAGGGCGAGGUGGGUCCAACAGCGUCUAUGUCAACAUCGGUCUUCGCGACCCUAUCGAAGCGCUUCUGCCUGCGGGGGCGAGGGUGGAAACAGGUACAAGGGUGACGGUCAAGAUGCCCCGUGAUCGGUAUGGACAGGGCGAGAUCGUCAGCCCGCGCGAACCGGUCGAACAGCUCGGAUGGUACUGGGGCUACACGGUGCGGUUGGCAUCGUCGUUGUCGACAGUGCUUACCGGCUGCCCGUGGGAGUCGUACGACCUGGUCAUCGGGACGUCGGAGCGCGGACACUCGUUAGCGGAUCUUGCGCUCGCGUCUACUUCACAGACGCCCGUGGCGCUGCCGUCGGGCGAGACGGUGCAGCCGUUGCAGCAAGGGUUCGAGCAUGCACUGAUUGUCUUUGGUGGCCUGAGUGGUCUGGAGGUCGCCGUGGAGCAGGACGAGGGGAUCAAGUUGGAUAGGCACACCGCCAACGAGUUGUUUGAUGCUUGGGUCAAUGUCGUUGAUGGACAGGGUAGCAGGACGAUCAGGACGGAGGAAGCCAUCAUGGUCGCGUUGAGUAGGGUCAGACCGCUGCUGCAGGAGGUGGCGGCGAAAGAGUAG